UUUUUUGAAUUUUUUAGCCUUGAUAAUUCUCAUCAAUGGAAGCUGAGCCCUUUCUUUCUCACCCAUUUUUUUCGUAUCAGGUUGUUUAGUUUAUAGUAGAGAUGGAGGAGACAGGGCAACUUAAAAGGGCAUUAAUAUAUGCCACAGCGGGGGCAGUUUCUAGUGGUAUAUCGAGGAUUGUAACCUCGCCUCUCGAUGUAAUCAAGAUCCGAUUUCAGGUUCAACUGGAACCCACUAAUCAGUGUGCCUUGCUUCGGGGAGAUGUGCAUGGAACUUCUAAGUACACUGGGAUGUUGCAAGCUACUAAGAAAAUACUCAGGGAAGAAGGCUUAAAGGGCUUCUGGCGGGGUAAUGUUCCAGCUUUGUUGAUGGUUAUGCCAUAUAGUGCCAUACAAUUCACAGUGUUGCACCGAUUGAAAAUUUUUGCCGCUGGUUCUUCAAAGACAGAAGAUCACAUCAAUUUGAGCCCUUAUCUUUCUUAUGUAAGCGGAGCAUUAGCAGGAUGCGCAGCUACAGUUGGUUCAUAUCCAUUUGAUCUCCUGAGAACCAUUUUAGCCUCCCAAGGGGAGCCAAAGGUUUAUCGAAACAUGAGGUCUGCAUUUGUUGACAUAUUCAGAACUCGGGGUGUUCCAGGACUCUAUGCUGGAUUGACACCAACACUAGUUGAGAUUGUUCCUUAUGCUGGUUUGCAGUUUGGAACUUAUGAUACAUUCAAACGCUGGAUGAAGGCUUGGAAUCGUCAUAGAUGUUCUAAUUCAAGCCAAGGUGAUGAAUUCAUUUCAAGCUUCCAGCUUUUCAUCUGUGGUUUAGGUUCUGGAACGUGUGCUAAAGCGGUCUGCCAUCCUCUUGACGUGGUUAAAAAGAGGUUUCAGAUUGAAGGACUACAGAGGCAUCCAAGAUACAGGGCUAGACUCGAGCCUCGUGCUUAUAAAAAUAUGUACGAUGGCUUUGGCCGGAUCUUGCUAGAAGAAGGUUGGACUGGACUUUAUAAAGGCAUCGUCCCAUCGAUUGUUAAAGCAGCAUCUGCUGGUGCUGUAACAUUUGUUGCUUAUGAAUAUAUAUCAGACUGGCUAGAGUCCAUUUUGACUUAAAAGAUGCUCGAUUUUCGCUUCUUUCCUUCCCUAUUGGUACUGAUUAUGUCGUUUGAACUCUUCAAAAAUGCACUACUUUUAGAGAA